AUGAUUAUUAUAUUUUUUUUCCUUUAUUCAGUACUAUCAUAUACAUUUGUGAUUCAUGGGGAAAAUACAACAAUAAUCGAAUAAGAUUCAAUUUUAUCUUCCAAAUUUUCUCAAACAAACCCAAUUUAAACUUAAUGUUAACCUUUAAGACUUUACAUAGUUGGCUCAACUUAAAAUGAAAGUGAAUUUAUUGUAAAAAACAAUAAUGAAACAGAUUUACACUUUAAAUUUAACAUCACAUCAGUCGAUAGUAAUAUAAUAAGUGUUCAUCAUAAAAAAUAAUUAGAAAAGAUAACUAUAAAACCUAAUAAUUCAUUUGAAUUUAAUGUAAAAUAUAUUUGCCUGAAGCAAAUAGAAGAUUAAACUUGGACAACAAUUUAAAUUAUGUAUUAAAUUAAUGAAAACCAACACACUGCAUAUUACUAUAAAUUUUGUGGAGCUUCAGAGACAUAUUUUCAUCCAUUAGCUAUUUUAUUGUUUUUUUCAUUAAUUAUUAUAGUGAGUGGGUCUAUUUAUGGGAUUAAGGAAUGGAAAUUAUUUGGAGGAGUUUAGAAUGAAGCUUAUGGACCUAAAGCUGCUAUUAUUUUUAUAAUUGUUUCAAGCUUUCUUCUUAUUUCACUUUAUAAGUUUCAAACUUUUGCUUCCAGUUUCACAUAUAUUAUCAUGAUGUUUACAGCUUUUAUUUCAAUAGAAACAAUAUUGUUGGACAUUUAAAACGAAUAUUCUUAUUCUAACAAUAUAAAAAUAUUGUUCUCAACAAUUAUGAGUGGAAUCCUUAUCAUUAUAUAUCAUUAUACAAAAACUUGGAUUCUAAAUAAUAUUUUAGCAGUUUCUAUAAUAUUUUUUAGUUUUAGAGUAAUAAUUAUAAUAAAUUAGAUUUUAGAGUUUGAUUCUUUAAGAACAGGGACGAUCUUUAUGUUUUUAGCAUUGUUUUAUGACCUAUUUUGGUUAUUUGUUAGCCCAACUAUUUUUGGCUAAUCUGUUAUACAGAACAUCACAACAACAAUUGAAUUACCUAUUAAACUCUUAAGUCCAUCUUUAAUAAAAAAUUGUAAUUCUCCUUAUUAGCAAUGUUCAAUUUUAGGAAUUGGCGAUAUUCUAAUUGUAGGAUUGAUCAUAAAAUAUAUUCUAAAGUUUGAGAAGUUAUCUGGAGAAAAUAGCUUAAUAUUUUUUUCAUCCAUUUUAGGAUAUGGGAUUGGAUUAACGUCUUAUUUCAUUCUAAUCUAUUAUUAUCAUAUUUAAUAUCCAGCAUUAUUUUAUAUUAUACCUACCACACUCUUAUCAAUAGUUAUCCCAAGUAUAGUAAAAUCUUUGUUCCUACAGAUUUGGAAUGGUGCCUUUGUAAUUAAAUUAAUUGAAGAAUAAGAGCUAGAAAUGAUUUGA